AUGGUGAGCCAUAGGAAUGUGUUGUUGAGCGCUAGUGAUCAGCGGCGCCGGUAUAUGCCUAUUUCACUGCCGUGUCUAUUGGUGUGGUGUUGCCUACGAUUGGCCACGACUUCGGCCUAUGCGGUGAACGUGAAGAUAGUGAACGACUCGGUGGUCAAUCGGAACGCCAAUUACGGGUCGCUGAAGAGCGCGAAAGGCGAGCCCACGCCAUACGCGGGCCCUCAAGAGUUGCGCUAUUUGUUGGGCAAGUGUUUCAUCUACUCGGCCGACAAAUACGACUACAGAGUCUGUCCCUUCCAUAACGUGACCCAACACGAGAGGGUGUGGACGUCGGGCGGCACCGCCUAUAACGGCAUUAUCGGUCUCUGGAAGGAGUGGACGGUUACUAACCAUAGCUUCGAUGCACUCGUGUAUUACGGCGGAGACGACUGUGGUAAAGGCGUGGAAAGGAGUGCCCGAUUGUUGUGGGUUUGCAGCGAAGCCGUGAGUGGAAAGCCUGUCGAGAGAGUGGUGGGCGUGAAGGAACUCCGAAAGUGUUUCUACGAGAUAUCAUUGGCCGCAGAGUUUGGCUGUCGUGAAGACAAACAUAUUUACCGGCAUUUGAGUGAAGAGUUUCGCCGAAAGUGGGAUCAAUUGGAGUCUAAUCUGUAUUACUCAGAGUUGACUCAAUUUGGAUACGAGUGGGCAUUGCGUGAACUCUUCGUCGACGCGGGAAUACUACUCAACACAACCCAUCACUCGAUUACCACCGAUGACGGCAUUGAAGAUAAUUUCGAUACUAAAGAGCAAUGUUUUGAUAGUUUUGUUGAAAUAAAAGCAAAGAAUUUAGAGUUAAUUAAAAGAAUAGAGAUUUUGGAGAUACAGUUGAAUACUAAUAAAACUUUUUCCAUAUGUCUGAACAGUUUAGUGAUCACCGAUAGUGUGUUGAACUCAUUGGCAAAACUCCCGAAAAUACAAUACAUUAGACUCUUUGGCCCCGAGGACUAUACGCAAACAGCUCUUCAGGAUCUAAUCUAA